AUGGUAUCGAAAAAUAAAUCGUUCGCGAGUGUCAUCCGCGUGAAUAUCGCGCUGCUCAGAUUCAGCGGUGUGGUGUCCCACGGGAACCGGUCGAGCUUGCAGAACGUUCUUGGCGCGCUCGCGUACGGCUGCCUGUUCGCUUACUCGAUUCUGUACACGUACGAGUUCGCGUUGUACACCAUCCACCUCGACGUCUGGAUGGAGUCGUUCGCGAUGAUACUCUCUCUGAUCGGCGGACAGGCGCGGUUCACGCUGGUUCUUCUGUUCCGGAACCGAUUUCAGCGACUGCUGAUGAUCUGCGAGGAACUCUGGGCGACGUUGAACGCGACCGAGAAGAGAUGCGUGCGCGAAUGCAUAAAAGCGACGAAGCGUCUGACGUAUUACUACCUGUUCGGUUGCGCCUUCACGAUCUUCUUCUACGCGGUCGCGAGUCUGUUCAUGGGACAGCACGACGACUCGUCGAACUCCUCGACGAGAAACUUGCCGUACGCGUGUCCCGUCGAGGUCCAUCGAACGCCUUAUUACGAGGUGAUGUACGUCAUGCAGCUGUGCAGCAUGAUCAACGUCGGGCUCACCUGCGUCGGUGCCGACACCAUCGGACCGGUGCUCAUUCUGACCGUUUGCGGCCACUUCAAGGUUCUGAAUUCGCGAAUUCUGAGUCUGAGCGAUCGACCGAUUUCCUUAGGAUCGCGUCCCGCGGGAACUUCCUUCGAGACGACGUUCGAAGAGAACAACGUCAGGUGCGAUCUCGAAGCCUAUAUGCGUUAUCAUCAGGUAAUACUCGAAUUUUGCAAAGAAGUUGAGAAGCUGACGACCGGCAUAUUUCUGACGCAGCUGCUCGGCAGCACGUAUAACAUUUCUCUCGUAGGAUUUAAGCUGGCCGGGGACGAUCCCGAUAAAUUUAAAUACACGACGCAACUGUCGAUCGCGGUGCUUCAGCUGUAUUUGUGUAACUGGCCGGCGGACGUUCUUCUCACGGAGAGCGAAGCCAUAGCGAGAUCGAUCUACUGUACGUCGUGGUAUCGCUUUCCGUAUCAGCUAAGACGAUCUCUAAAUAUUAUCACAAUGAGAUCUCAGAAACCAGCGCAGCUCACCGCCGGAUACAUCGUGCCGUUAUCUCUGCCAACUUUCGCGUCUAUGGUGUCAUCCGCAGCAUCCUUCUUCACUAUGAUACGCAGCAUGAACUGA